AUGGGGUCGCGAGGAGGGAAAAGGAGUCUGCUCGCCACCAUUUGGAGGCGGAGGAGAAGUUGGAGUCGUCGUUUCAGCAGCACGAGCGGGAGUUUAGGCGAACCCAUCGCGAGGACGAAGAUUCCCGAAACCGCCGUCGAGGCGCAGUUACAGUUCGCGCGAGAAACUUUGACGAGCGAAGAUUUAGUCCUCUUUUCCAAACGGAGGGUCGAUUUAGACGGGCAACUAAUGAUGCACGCGUUCGUGGGGAAAGGACGAGAGAAACAGUCGCAAGAUUUGCUCGGGAAAGCGUUGGAAAAGGCGAGAAAAUCGGAUGCGAACAGAAGAGACGGAAAGCCGUCGAUAUCGUUUUUAGACGGGAUACCAAUCGCGGUGAAAGAUAAUUUUGCCAUGCGAGGGGAAAUCGUAUCGGCGGGGUCGAAAAUGUUGAGCAAAAACGAGUGCUCGUAUACGGCGACGGUGAUCGAUCGAUUGGAGCAGAGCGGCGCGGUGGUCUUCGGGCAGACGACGAUGGACGAGUUCGGGAUGGGGAGUCACUCGCGAAACGGUAUAAACGCGCCGGUGAAGAAUCCAAUCGAUGGGAGGUUGAGUCCCGGGGGCUCUUCCGGCGGGUCCGCCGCGGCGGUGGCGAACGGGACGUGUUUAGUCGCCAUCGGGAGCGAUACGGGUGGGAGCGUUCGAUUACCGGCGGCGUUUCAAGGCGUCGUCGGUACGAAACCGAGCUACGGAAGGUGUUCGAGGUACGGUUUAAUCGCGUACGCGAGCUCGUUCGAUUGCCCGGGGAUUUUGACCAGAAACGUCUGCGAUGCGGCGAUUACUUUAGCCAUCAUGCAAGGCGCGGACCCGAAAGACGGGCAAACGGUGGAGGAAGACGGACGCAUUUCGAGCGUCGCGACUGAGUUGAUUUCGGAAUCGCAGAUGAAUUUUAAAGAGUGGUUGGAAUCAGGGAAGACGAAAGGUGGAAACAAUAAUGGUAGCGGUAGUAAUAGUAGUAGUAGUAGUAAUAGCGAUAGAGUCUUGCCAUUGUUAGGCGUGCGCGUGGGCAUCCCGGGUGAAUUUUUCCUCGAAGAAACGACUCCGGCAGUGAUGGAAAGUUGGACAAAAUCAAUCGAAGCGUUCGAAGAAUUAGGCGCGACGAUUGUUCCGGUAUCUUUACCGUCCGUAAAGUUAGCGUUACCGGCGUAUUACGUCUUGGUGUGCGCGGAAGCGUCUUCAAAUUUGAACCGGUACGACGAUAUAAAAUUCAGCGCUUCGCGAGACGACGGAUUCGGCGAGGAAGUCAAACGACGAAUCGUUUCAGGCGCGUUUUCUUUAUCUUCACAAAGAGUCGAAGGCGCGUACAAAAACAGCGAAAAGAUUCGCCAGAGGAUAUCGAACGAGUUUAAGGACAUCUUCGAACGCUCGUGCGAUGUUCUCUUAACUCCGACGAGCGCUCGGGAAGCGCCAUUUUUAGAGGAUGUUUUGAGAGAAUCGAAAGUUGAAUCGUACGCGCAAGACGCUUUGACGGUGCCAAUGUCCUUGGCUGGAUUACCGAGCGUAUCUAUUCCGUGCGGCAGAAGCGUGUCAAAUGGACGUCCGAUUGGUAUGCAAGUCACGGCGCCGAUGUUUCGGGAGGCUGGAAUGUUGCGCGUGGCGAGCGCUCUGGAACGGAAAAUUUCCUCGAAAACGCGGAGAAUGUAUUCAACGUCAACUUCGUCGACGAAUUUCCCGAUUGAAAAGCUCGAAGAUCAGUUGAAGCUAUUCCACGAAUACACCGAAAACAACGACUAUAAAAGUGCCGGCGAGUUGAAGUCGUUGGUCUCGUUGUACCAAAAGUAUAAAGAUACGCUGGAAGAAAUCGACGUGUUGAGACAACUCAUCAACGAAGAGAACAAGAACAAGAAAUCGAAAGACGCCGAGUUGGAAUCCGAAUUGAACGCGUUACAAAACGACACGUUGCCGGAAUUAGAAACAAAGCUGAAACAUCAACUGUUACCGAAAGACCCAGAAGAUUCGAGAGACGUUAUUUUAGAAGUUCGAGCGGGCGCGGGUGGUGCCGAGGCGGCAAAAUUCGCCGCCGAGUUGUUUCGCAUGUACGAAAUGUACGCCAGGAGGAGAAACUGGAAGUUUGAUUUGAUGAGUUACAGCGAAGAAGAAAAAGGCGGCGGAGUUCGAGAAGCUAUGGCGGAAAUUAAUAGCAAUGGUAAUCCGACGAUUCAUCUCAACGAAGAAGACGGGGAAGAGGACGAGUUAGCAAACGGAGGCGUGUAUAAAAAUUUAAAGUUUGAAUCCGGCGUCCAUCGAGUGCAACGCGUCCCGGCGACGGAAACGCAAGGGCGAAUUCACACCUCCACCGCUUCCGUGGCGAUUAUCCCGAAAGCCGAAGAGAGUGACAUUCACAUCGACGAAACAAAGGACGUGAGAAUUGAAACCAUGCGAGCGUCUGGCGCGGGUGGACAGCACGUCAAUACCACGAAUUCAGCCGUUCGAAUCGUCCACAUCCCGACCGGCGUCACCGUCGUCAUCCAAGACGAACGGUCGCAACACAAGAAUAAAGCGAAAGCUUUGUCCGUGUUGCGAGCGAGAGUAUACGACAUCGAACGACGUAAGGUUGCCGCCGAAAACGCGCAGAUGCGACGAAGUUUGAUAGGAAGCGCAGACCGCUCGGAAAGAAUUCGAACGUAUAACUUUAAAGACGGUCGUUGUAAAGACCACAGAGGUACCGGCGUCGUCGUGAACGACGUCCAAAAACUUCUCGACGGAUUCGGCUUGGACGAGUUCAUCCGAGACUUGCACAAGUGCGACUUGGAAGAGCAAAUGUUAAAAAGCAGCAGCGUUUAG